AUUUGCGCCUGACGGAGUCUGCUACUUGUGCAUGCACUACCACCAUGCCAUCCCAACAGCAAGUACAGGGAGCCAACGAUAACUCUCAGGACUCCACAGCCAUGCCAUCCUCCAGCUCCAAUCAGAAUCUAUACGACCGAUUCUUCCAACCAUUCUCCGCUGGAGCUACCAAGCUCUUGCCUCCAAAAGGCGCCGGAAUGCGCUUCAAGAGCAAACGAGCCGAUCGUAUCCCUGAUGACCCUGCCCGACCUUUGGUCAAUGACCUGCAUUCUAUCGAUGACCCUGCAAUGCGUCUACGCGUUCCAAAGAAAAUCCCUACACCUGUCAAGGUAGAGGCCAAGGUUUGGUUCGCAAACGAGAGAACCUUCAUUUCUUACGUCUCGACUGGGUUACUCUUGUCGAGUAUCGCCUCUGGACUAUUACUUGGAGCUAAGGAUUCCAUGGCUCGUUGGUUCGCCCUUGCAUAUGCUAUCAUCUCCGCUGGUAUCUUGAUAUACGGCUGGAUCAUCUUUCAGAGACGUUUGACCAUGAUCUCUGCUCGUGACGCGGGGAGCUUCGACAUUGUAUGGGGCCCGCUCGCGAUUUGCGUGGCUUUGUUCUUCGCGAUCUUAAUCAACUUCAUCGUGCGAGUCCAGGAAGCGAAACGCGUGUCUGGCGUGUCUGUAGUGUCGUUCACUCAAGUGUGGUCAUCGAUCCCCAGAGGGGCAUGACCAGAUGCAUACAAAGAACCCUGAUAA